UCAUAACAUUUACCAUCCAUUAUAUGCUCAUUUCCUUUCACAUUGUUACAUUUUACUCUUUUUUCAUCUUGCUCAAUGGGCAUGAUAGUUGGAAAUGAACAAGAAAAAUCCCAGUUAGCUACAGAGAUUUGUGAGCUCUUGGCUCGUGCAAGUGCCUGUGCAAAAUUUCACCACUCUCGUAGGAACAAGCCACCGUUUAUCAACUGGUACCUUGUGCUCAGAGUUAAUGAAAAUGCAGAUGUAGAUGGGAUAAGGAAGCAGUAUCAUAAGCUAGCUUUGCAGCUUCAUCCUGAUAAAAACAAGCACUCAAAGGCUGAAACUGCAUUCAAACUUGUGUCUGAGGCAUAUUACUGUUUAUCCGAUAAUGGAAGAAGAGCAGCAUUUGAUUUAGAGAGGAAGACCAUUUCCUGCUCUGAGUGCAACACAAUUCCUCGUACCAACAGUGAACUCCUCAGACAUACAAAUGUAAAGAUCCAAACACCAUAUAAAGAGCCGUUGAGAUUCAGUCAAAUUAAUAGGCGUAUCAAGGAGCUUCGCACCAAACUCAAAGAGGAGGCAACAAUCAUAGAAAAAUGUCUGAAAACCAAUGCUAUAACAUCAAGAAAAGAUUCUCCCAACAUCAAUGCAACAAGAGAAAAAGAAUUGCCGGUGUUCAACCCAUCGAACUAUCAGUACAAGGGGUAUCCUCACCACAGAACAAUCAAUCACAAGCAGCUGGAAGAUUUAAGGGCUGGGUUAAUGAUAGGAAACAGAUGCAUGCAGAAUACAGCCAAGAACAGCUGUCAGAUCUUUCAGUACUGACCGGAAAGAACACUCUUUUUGUCUAA